UAUGCACUUGAAGAAGGACUAAGUACAUCAAUCAUCUGAACCGUUUCCGAAUGACGAUCACAUCCACAUCUGUACAUCAAGCCGAUCAUAUAUAAAAAUUUCCUCACAGCUUCCAUCAUCUCUAUUUUCAUGACCAUUCCUCAAAAACCUCAGCAAAAUUUAUGGGUAGCUGCUGGCGAUGGAGAUUUGCCCCGGGUCCAAGAACUAAUCGAACAUCACUCUAUGUCCCCGAAUGCACCAGAUCCAAAUACAUACACUCCAAUGCACGCCGCUGCGUCUUAUGGGCACAUACAUGUACUAGAGUACCUCAUAUCUCGUGGUGGAGACGUUAACGUUAUCGACUCGGAUGGUGACACGCCAAUAUACACAGUUGAAAACAUUGACACCGCCCAAUACUUGGUGGACAAGGGCGCGACAAUUGAUCGAGUUAACGAGGAGGGGAUAUCGCCGAUUGCGCAUCUCAUGGAAGACUUUCCACAAGUAUCUGCCUACCUCCAAUCUCGUUCUUUACAGCCACCUCUUCCUCCAUCCGUAUCAUCAUCUUCUAUCGAGACUAUGACAUCUCAAUACGCUCAAAAUGCCGUUUCUGAACAGCUUACUGUCUCACUGCUUUCUUCAGUUCAAGAUUUAGUUGACCAAGGUGUUGACCCAGAAUCAGCUGACGCGGAGCUACGACGUCGAGUUGAAGAGGCAGUGGUGAACGGGUUGUUGAAUGGUUAUACACUUGGAACACAAAUUAGCAGUGAGUCCGGACAAGAGCCUGAGGGCACACAUACGCGUACUCUUCCGGUGGAUGAUUCGGGUGGAGAGGAAAGCGAAAAUAAAAGGCCCAGGACAGAGCGUUGAGCGCUUGAGCUCCAAAUUUGCUUGUUGAAAUUUCAUCCAUGCCCAAAUGUACAUCUGUCGUGAGCCACUCGAUCGAAAUACACUCACGAUUGUUGAACGUUAAGACUCGAUCCUACAAAUUUGCG